AUGAAAGUUUUGUUUUCUCUUCUUCUAGUGUUAUUCAUUGCUUCACCUAUCUUAUGCGCUAAAGUAGGAAAGUCUAAUAUUCCAAAUGCUUUCAAUAUUCUUAAGUAUGGUGCCAAGGGUGAUGGCCAUACUGAUGAUUCAAAUGCUUUUUUAAAAGCAUGGAAAGAUGCUUGCAGUUCAACUAAUGGUACCCCAACACUCAUCGUACCCACAAACAAAAUAUUCAUGACACAACCUCUUACGUUCCAAGGUCCUUGCAAAUCCGCAACAAUGAAUGUUAUGAUUGGGGGAAAUGUCACUGCUCCAGCAAGUCGUGAAAAUUGGAAACCAGACGGUAAUGAUCAUGAUUCAUGGAUCACAUUCAAUCAAAUAAGUGGGCUUGUUGUGAAUGGAGGUGGAACUCUUAAUGCCCAAGGUGCUUCUUGGUGGGACAAGAGUGCAAAUGAUAGGCCAACGGCUGUUCGUUUUCUUGGAUGUAAUAAUCUAAAACAUGGCCCAAUGACACACCUCAAUAGUCCGAAAAAUCAUAUAAGCGUAACCGGAUGUGAUGGCGUUUUAAUUUCUAAUGUUAAUUUAAUUGCACCAGAAACUAGUCCCAACACCGAUGGAGUUGAUAUUUCAUCAUCAACUAAAGUCUUCAUUGAGCAUUCAAUUAUCUCAAGCGGUGACGAUUGUGUUGCUAUUAAUAGUGGUUCUAAGUUCAUCAACAUUACUAAUGUUAAAUGUGGGCCUGGUCAUGGCAUUAGUGUCGGAAGCCUUGGGAAAAAUGGAGAAUAUGCUACAGUAGAGGAGGUAUACGUUUCAAACAUCAUCUUCACUCGAACAACAAAUGGUGCCAGAAUUAAGACAUGGGAGGGAGGAUCUGGAUAUGUAAGAAAGAUAACUUAUAAAAAUAUUACACUUGUUGAUGUGAAGAACCCUGUGAUAAUUGAUCAACAAUACAACGCUUUACAAGCUGUAGGUAAAGGAGUGAAAAUCAGUGAUGUUACUUUCCGCGACUUUCGGGGAACCACAAAAGAUAAAAUGGCAAUUCAAUUGAAUUGUUGCAGUAUUGGUUGCACUAACAUUGUACUUGAAGAGAUCAACAUAUCUGGUCUUAAUGGAGAGAAACCGUCUUCAUCGUGUAAUAAUGCACAUGGAUCAAGCUCUUCGUGCAAUCCUACUGUCACAUGCCUUGGCAAUUAA